AUGUCCUACGGAGAGGUCCUGCCCCAGCCACCUCACUGUGACCAGGAGUUCUUCGUCGUGGAGACGCACCCAGCGCUCCUGCACCCGUUGGAAGUCCCUCCCGGCCUAGCAGACUUCACAGUGGUCGUGGCAAGAGUCGGCGCAGAUGAGUCGUUGAUGGCUUCUGCCUUGCUGGUGGGCGUGUUUCUCACUGUCGACCAGCUGAAGGCCGACUAUGCCCGAGCACUCGUGAAGCAUGUGCACCCAGAGGCGUCCGAAGAAAGUCGACUCGCAAUGAUCGAAGCCAUCAUGGGCCGCCACUGGCUGCGCUUCGGUGGCGAGGAUGGCGUGUGGCUGGUAGACAGCGACUGCAUCGUCGAGGCAAUGUCGAAGGCCCUUGGCCUGGAGUCGCAGCUGAAAGACCCGGAGAUCCAGCGGUGGCGGUCGUGGGCCAGGGAGUCGCUUGUGAGGCACGUCACGCUGAACAUCAACAGGAGUCUGGCCAGUGCCUGGCAGGGAUACAGCUACAUCGACAGCUUCGACCCAUUCCGCUGGUCAACAAGCUCUUUCUGA